AUGGCCGCGUCAGCAAAGGCCUGGGCUUCCUCCGCCUCCGCCUCUGCCUUCUCCGCCUCCCUCGCCGCCGCCUCUGCCUCUGCUAUCGCUGCCUCCGCCUCCGCCACCGCCUGUGCCGCCGCCAUGGCCGCCUCCUGCGCCGUCAUGUUCCUGAUCCUCGCCAGCUCUGCAUCCACCUGA